CCUUCAAUAAAUGAAGGAUCAUAUGUGUGUGAGUUUUUAGCACCAUUAAUCAAUACUAUAGUCAGUGAUUUACCAUUAGAUAUUGAGUCAUGGGGUUCUGCCAGUGCUGAACGAAAAGAUUCUUUGAGACGAGCACGCAGACCUGAUUUUAGUAUAGUAGUUAAUGUAAAUGGUCUAAAAGUUGAAAUUGCCUAUCUUGAGACUGGCCGACCAGACUCUAAACCAAGCAAGCAAGCGCGUGAUCAUAAGAAGCUGCGCGAAUCUCAAGAGAUUCUAUAG